AUGGUGAGUGACUCCGAGUUUGACCGCGAGUUUAAGAAGACGACCACGGGGGCAAUAAUGCAGAGGAUCAAGAUGUGGGUGGGAAAUAGCUCGGCUGUGGCGGCGAGAAUGGUCACGUAUACGGCAGCGGGGUGUGGGGAGGACACGCAUGGGGAGUUUUUGUCCUUUCAGAAGGUGGUACCCAUGGCUCCCAUUACUUACACUGGCGAAGGGGAGGCCAUAUCUGCUGGGUUGUGGAAGGAGACAAUGGAAGAGUUCAAGUUUGCGAACGUGGACAACACCGUUAACAAUUUGGGCUGAGAUCUUGCCGUACCAAAGUCAUUCUACGUCUCCUUCUUCGUUUCCUAUCCUCGGGCGUCCGCAUAACACUUCUACCUCGUCAUUUAUCCAACUUGUAACCCAAUCCCACAGAACUUUCGGCCACUCAACAAACACGAUGGACAGUCCUACCACGCCCCCUUUGACACUUCCGCCCCAACCCUGCCCUUGGACUUCCACAAGCCCAGUCAGCCCGUAAUAUCUCAAGAUAACUCGCUUGUAACUUUUCCAGCGCCAGCUGCUGUCUAGCUUGUCUGUCUGGAAAGGGCGAGGUGCCCAGAGACCUCUAACGUGGCUAGUAGAAAGGGCGUGAGAACAGGAAAAGAUAACAUGAAUGUAGCCAGAGUCGAAGGGCGA